AUGUCUAUCUUCACCACUUCUCGCCUGGACGGCUCUCUCUCAGGCUGGAGAACGAAACCUAUGCCCCGCCGAACUGCCCAUCUGUCAGAGCUCGCCGACGUCCCCUUCAACCUGUCUAGUCUCUCGUCCAGCACGACUAUAUCUAUCGACACCUCUGCUACUAUUGCACCGCGCCAACCUACAAGCACUGCUACCGCUCGUUCGAAUCGUGGCUCUCUGGUCUUCGCUUCUCUGAGGUCUACGGCAUCCCACGCUCUCAGAACUGGAGCCUCUGUCAGAUUCCCUGAUUUACUAAAGAGGAAAGCGAAGAUCGCUCCCCCACUCACCUCCCUCGCCGCCUCAGGCCUCUUCUUCGCCGACAUAAACGUGACCGCUCCCCUCCUCAUGCUCGCCGACAUGUCCACCGUGACCACGGACGAUUCGCAUCCUGUCGAUGUAUGA